GCGCAGCAGCAGAUUCAGCCAGACUUCAUCCGCUCGGCUCAGGAAGAGAAAUCAGCCAUCUCUCACUCAGAUCACUGCAAAUAUCACAGCCUUCAAAUCCAGAAAUCACAUUAAACCUGGGAGGAAUACCGCGAUCUACGGGAACAGGGAGAUGUUCGGUCUUGCAUCGUAAGGAAGAUCGCCUUGUCCACCUGACACAUGAGGAGGACUCAUUGUACAGGGAUCAUGAGGGCUGUGCUUUAGUGAGAUAUCAAAGGGUUCUGGUAAUGUGCCAUGGGGUACGACGUCACCAGGUUCCAAGGAGAGGUGGACGAGGAUCUGUUGUGUCCCAUCUGCAGCGGGGUGCUUGAGGAGCCGGUGCAGGCCCCGCAUUGUGAGCAUGCUUUCUGUAACGCCUGCAUCACACAGUGGUUUGCACAGCAGCAGAUCUGCCCCGUGGACCGCACCGUGGUGACUCUUGCCCAUCUACGACCCGUUCCCCGCAUCAUGCGUAACAUGCUUUCCAAGCUGCAGAUCUCCUGUGAUAACGCCGGCUUCGGCUGCACAGCCACCCUUCGGCUCGACCAGCUGCAGUCACACCUCAAGGACUGUGAGCACAACCCCAAACGUCCCGUCACGUGUGAAGAAGGCUGCGGGCUCGAAAUGCCCAAAGAUGAGAUGCCCAAUCACAACUGUAUUAAGCACCUACGCAGCGUGGUGCAGCAACAGCAGACCAAGAUCGCAGAUCUAGAAAAGACUGCUGCCGAGCACAAGCACCAACUUGCAGAACAGAAACGUGACAUUCAGCUCCUAAAAGCUUACAUGCGAGCGAUACGCAGUGCUAACCCUAACUUACAGAACCUGGAGGAGAGUAUAGAGUACAAUGAGAUUCUAGAGUGGGUCAACUCUCUCCAGCCCGCUCGCGUGACCCGCUGGGGAGGAAUGAUCUCCACGCCCGACGCCGUCCUCCAGGCCGUCAUCAAACGAUCGCUCAUAGACAGUGGAUGCCCGUUGUCGAUCGUCAAUGACCUCAUCGAGAACGCCCACGAGCGUAACUGGCCCCAAGGCCUGGCCACACUGGAGACGCGGCAGAUGAACCGCCGAUAUUACGAAAACUAUGUGGCCAAGCGCAUUCCGGGAAAGCAAGCCGUGGUGGUGAUGGCCUGUGAGAACCAGCACAUGGGAGAAGAUAUGAUACUGGAGCCAGGGUUGGUUAUGAUCUUCGCUCACGGCGUCGAGGAGAUCUUAUAGUCUGUACAUAGGUGGGUGCCAAUGAUGAAAAGCAGAAAAGGGGUUUACAGAGACUGAAUUGGUUCCCCCCUCUAAAAAAAGAAAUUAGCAGUUCAUCCCACUAAUAAAUGUCAAGACCUCUUCGGGCAGUCGUUACCUCAAAUUUUAAGGAAGGACACACGUGGACUUCCAGCAUUCCCUAUUCUCUUGCCUUAAAUGGACAUUUUUCAAAAAGUGGACCCUAAUGACUAAAACCAACUUGAAAUAUUAUCAGGGACGAUGGUACACGUACGUUUUAACAUUAGCAUUGAAAUCAAACGGAUUUGAAGUGAUGUCUAAUUUCCCCUUUAACAUUUAUUUCCCUUGAGAGCAAAUAUAUGUCACUCACAGCUUAAGACGAGUUAAGAUUCCUGUAAAUACAGAUGAUUAAGAAAUAUAGACAAAUAUGCUAUCUGUUCUUGUUCUGAUAGAGUAGUGGACAUUUUUGCCGUCUUCAUCUCAGUUUGCUAUUUAGACUAGAGUGUUUUAUCUACCAUGGAUCUCUUUUAUUUCAAUAGAGCUAUGAUUAAAGUAUGCUAGAUACAGAACUCUGCUCGGUGUUUGCACUGUGUGGUGAUUGGAAAAACAAGAUGAAUCUCGUUUUGUGAAGAUGUGUGUUUUUCUGGAGUGAUGGAGAGGAUGUAUAUGAUGGAAAUCAACAGCUGAUUUGAUAUCUUUUAUUUGACUCUUCAAUUCAAUUUUAUGUUUUUAGUUAUUUUAUUUUAUUAUUUUCUACUGGCAUCACUGGCUAUUAAUAAUCAGAACCAGAUGUUUCUUCUUCAAGGUGGUCUUAGUGACCUCAACGUUUUUUUUUUUGUUUGUUUGUUUUUUUCCCCCUAGUGCAUUCACCAUAUGCAAACCCAUAAAUGAUGGAUGAAAAGCUUAUGAAUCGAACAUGAAGUAUAAAAACAUUGUGAAAAGUGACCAAACCACAGCUGAUGUUUGUGUGAUCUCCUGCAGAUGCUCUACCAUAUCCGGACCUGUUUACUGUGGUUUACAUCCGAACUGUUUUUUAUCCAUCAUUUGACGAAUUUCAAAGAAUAAAGCGAGACGGAACGGUUGAAUGUUUGUGUAUAUUGUGCAAUUGACUGGAUAAGAAUUUAUUUUGCAUAUUAUUUGACGUACUUUCGUUGUACAUAGUUGAUUUAAGAAUUGGUUUGAUUUGUGUUGUACGAUAGUCGUCUCUGCAACCAAAGUGUUUUGUUGUGUUGUAUGCACAUCGUGCUUGCUUUUUUUGUUGUUGUCGUCGUUGCGCGGACACGAAAAUGUAAGUUCAGCGAUUCUGAAAUGUAUCUUGUGUCACCUGCUUCAGUGUUACAUAGACCUGAAUGCUCGUUGCGUUGUUUACAGUAGCUUUUUUGCAAAGAGCUGAAAACUAAGGACCGAGAAUGUUUUCCUCUGCAAUAUUCAGCCAGGUCUAUGUGAAUUAGGGAGAAACGUCUGUGAACUUUGCCUUAUCACACUUCAUUGCAUGAUCGCUGUGUAAUAUGUCACAUGGCUUCUCUGCACAUCUUGUCGCAGUCACGCCCUGAAGCUGGAGAGAUUAAACAUGACCCAGUGUGCUUCACUUCUUGGUUCUGAUGGAGGUGAUCGCCUUCAGUAUCAUUCACAAAAUGAAAGUUCACAUUUUUGCGUUCGAUUCAAUGAGACCGAUGCAUCAUCUCUUACUGGACACGCAAGACUUUCUUGACUCUCAGGUUUUAUCAUCUGAUGUCAGGGAUGAAACGUUCAAAGAGCUCAUGUUUCCCGCUGCAGCAUUGUCCGUGGAUGUGGCAUUCUUCUGUUUGUUUGUUUUUCGUCUUUUAUUCUUGCUUUUGUGCUGUGGGUUACUGACAGAAUAUGAAUAAAUAUCAUCGAUUUUGCAAUACGA